GACAGCCAGACAAAAACUUCGUUGAAGAACAUUAAAAUGGCACUCAAACGCAGUGGUUUAUCGUUUAGUGCCGAAUUCAAGCAAUAUUUUCUCCGAACUUCAUAUGAUCGGAUCAACAGUACAUAUAGUCAAUUUGAGUUCGAAUCGAUGGUUGAAGAUCAAAUCGAAAUUGGUUCCAAUGCGACCAAGCCAAGUUCAAUUCAAACGAAUAGUCAUUGCAUGACUGAUCCAGUCGAAAUCAUCGACUCAAGUGAUGAGGAUGAUGGUGCAAUAGGUCAGCCGAAACUCGAACAGUUAGAGACCACAUCUGAUUUUCAGAACGAUACAACUGACAGAACAUCUGGAUUAAACGAUUUUGUGUACGAUGACGACGAUGGAAGCUACACUGAUGUCAAGUUCAAUGGUGUCGACAGCCCAAAAGAUGAUUCGCAAAGCGGAGAUGAAGAAACCGACGUAAUGAUGGAAAUGAACGAUGGAUUUCCGAUGACUGUAUUUGAUGUGAAUCGCGAUAAGAACUCAAGAAACGAACUUACAUGCACUGUAACUUCGAACAAUCGAUCAAAUGUCGUUGAUGACGCCCAAAAAACUCCUUCGGUUUUGACUCAAGAAUCAUUGAAAAAUAAAAAUCCAAACAAGUUGGCGAUGAAGAAGCGAUUCAAGUGCGAAUUUUGUGAAUAUUCCAGCAAUCAUAUGGGAACCUUCAAUCGUCACAUGCGUACUCACACCGGCGAGAAACCGUAUCGAUGUGAUAUUUGCCACAAAAAAUUCACAAGAAUGGAGAAAUUGAAGAACCACAAAGUGACUCACAUCGAACAAAUCCCGUUCCGUUGCCGUGGCUGUUUCCAAGGAUUUUCUCAGAAGGCCGAAAGAGAUGGUCACGAAAAAUUGAAGAUGUCAUCAAUGAAUUGGGGAGAAGAGAUGUUAAACAUGCUCAAUGCAUUUGAAAAUCAAGCCUUUCAAUCUUUGGGCAAAAUAAAAUUGACAUUUAGGAGCAAUGGCUUAGGAUUCAACCCAACGUUCAAGCAGUACUUUUUGGACUCUUCCAUUACUCGAUUGGUGGAAACGUACAACCGGUUCGAAGUCCAUUCACGAAUUGAAGACCAAAUGAUGGACCAACGCGAUGCAAGUAUGUUCCAAGAUACAAGUUCCUACCAAAUAGAAAAUAAUUCCACUCAAUUCAGUGAUCGAUUGAGAAACAAUGGACCGUUUCAAGAGAUUGAUUUGGUCGAAACUGAUGACUCAAGCGACGACGGAAGUAAUGACGAACUCGACAGACAUGCAACAACGACCGAUGAACUGGAUGAUAAUGCCUUGAUGUCUUCGUUUCAAUCCAAGAUGGUUGAAAGUCGAGCACAUUUACCAGUUUUUGAUGAUCACCAAGUCGUCAAAAAUAAUGUAAAAAUGGAAGAUAUGGAUAAAGAUGAUUGCAUUGGGGUUGAUGUCAAUCAAGAUAUUGGGCCAGCAGAAGUAGGACCUUCUUUCACAAAGAACACGAAAUCCAGCUCACGUACGUUGAAAACUACUACACGACCAUCAUCAUCAGCUUCAUCAAACCAGUUGGAGUCAAAGAAGCAAAAUAAGUGCCAGAUGUGUGGUUAUUCCAGCAAGUACGGGAAUCUUAGUCGUCACAUGCGUACUCACACUGGCGAGAAACCAUAUCGGUGUGAUAUUUGCCGCAAAGAAUUCACAAGAAUGGAACAGUUGAAGAAGCAUAAAGCGACUCACACUGAACAAGUCCCGUUCCAUUGCCGUGGCUGUUUCAGUGGAUUUUCUCAGAGGGCCGAAAGAGAUGCCCACGAAAAAGUGUGCAAAAACCGUAGAUAUGAAUGCCAUAUCUGCAAGAAGUUUGUCACUGUUGGUAUAACUCAUUUGAAAAGGCAUAUGCGGAAGCAUAGCGGUAAUAAACCGUUUCGAUGCGAGAUUU